AUGACCCGUGGAAACCAGAGAGAUCUAGCUCGUGCUAAAAAUCAGAAGAAACAACAAGAGAUACAAAAAAAGAAGACUGCCAGUGAAAAAACCGGCAUGUCACUUUCUGAAAGAAAACAUAGGGAUGCUGAAUUAAUGAGAGAAAAACAACGAAGAAAGGAAGAACAACAGCAACCAAUGAAUCGUAAACAGGCUGUUAAU